UGUCCUCUUCCGACCUGGAGAAAAACAUUGAACGAUGUCACAGAAGAAGUCUUGGUUGGAUUUCACCAAUUGAGUUUGACUCGAACAGAUUUUUCACUUGCGCUGUUCGUGGCUGUGUAACAGAAAUUCAAACAUAAGCUAUAGCAAUAACAGCCGCAUACAAAAUGAAUCUCAUACUAAUGGUUCUAUUGACUUUUGUUGGUUGGACUUUGACCGCUAAACUUGAAACUCUGUACCAAUGGAAGUAUGUAGACUACGUCUGGGAGAAUGAUACGCAAAAGCAGGAGGCGAUCGAGAGCGGCGUGUACAACCACACGAAAAUUUAUACACUUGAUUUCCAGAGAAUCUCAGGGGAUCGAAUUCUGGUAACAACCCCAAAACACUUCAAUAACCCCGCGAGUUUGUCAACGAUCUCGAAUCAGACUGGUGACGGGGGUCCAUUGCUCGCGCCCUACCCCAGUUGGGAUUGGCACACGUCGACGGAUUGCAGCGGUAUUGUCUCUGCUGCCAGGCUUAUUAUGGACAAGUGCAAUAGGCUGUGGACCGUCGACUCUGGGAAAAUAGGAGACGUUGUGGUAUGCCCUGCUAAGAUAAUCGCAUUCAAUCCGGAAACCGACGAGGUCCUGGAGCAGAUCAUAAUUCCUGAUGAAGUAGCGCACAGUUCUGUGAACAUAAGUAAAGGACGACUUGCGAUACAAGCCGUGGAGACCUCCGGAGACUCGUGCAAUACUACUUGGGUGUAUAUCGGGGACCCGGUGGGAUAUGGUCUUGUUAUUUGGAACGGUUCGGCCAUAUGGCGGUUGGAGGACGACGAUGUUUACGCUCCAGAUCCAGCAGCAGAACUCUUCUCCAUAGGUGGCGAGAACAUAACUCUCAAAUUUGGUGUUUCCACCGUUGUAAUAUCGCCUCUUGGUUUUAUUGAGCAAGUUUACCUCUUUGUCAGACCCUUGGCUUCAAAAAAGUCAUAUGCCGUUUCACUCGACGACUUGCACAACUCCAAUACAGCUGGAAACACGAUAACAUAUUACAGAUCUAACUUUACAUUUCAUAGUCAGCUACUUGCCAGAGCUGCUUCCGACUCCGGAGUCGUAGUGGGCUUAUUCGGCACGCCGCCAGUCACGGCCUGCUGGAAUUUACAAUAUCCCUGGGAAUCAGAAUACGUGAGUACAAUAAUCGAAGAAGACGAUGCCAUACUAUUUAGCAGUACCGCCAAGAUUUCAAAUGGGAUUGAGAACAGCUUUGAGUACGAACAGUUCUGGCUAAUGACCAAUCAACUGCAAAAAUUCCUUCUGGGUACCAUGAACUUCGAAGAAGUCAAUUUCAGGAUUCUGGUUGCAACCGUGGCUGAUCUUGUCAAUGGCACAAUCUGUGAGCCUGAGCCACACACCAUUUCCACUAGCAUUGAAGACAAACUCUAUAUUGAACUCAAAAUUGUUACUGUCAGUUCUUCAGCGAUUUCUCUGUAAGAACGGCUCAAUUGGGUCGUACAGUUGAUGUGGGUUUUAUCUCUCGUGUAUCACUAUUUUAAGUAACGAUUAAUCACUACAAACAAAUUGGUCUCCGUUCUCUUCCGAGGAAGAUGCAAAUGUUCAUUGUUUACUCUGCAUGCAAUGGAGCUGAGUUAAGGUUACAAAAUACGUCUCUGAGUUGGUAUCUCGACAAACCACUUUCAAAAAUCCCUACAUCUUGGGACUUGAUGAAAGCGACAGUUUUCCACCACGGUGACAUCGGUAAAAUAAAGCGAUGUGUUUCUUACGGGAAACAUUGCCCGAUAAUAUGCCUCAUA